CUCUGGCCCUCGCCACAUGCACGCAAUGGCGCUGGUGCAAUGCAACAACCCCCAUCCGUGCAUACGCCUCCUCCUCCCACUCCUCGCCGCGACGGCCGUCGCCGCGGGAGCCUCGCCGGAGAUCGACGACUUGUACGCGCUCUCCAAGCUCAAGUCAUCCCUACUUACCGGCAGCGCUGGCAAUAGCACCUCGCUCGCCGACUGGGACAUCACGUCCUCGUCUACUGCAACAUCACCUCCGUGGCAGCACUGCAACUUCUCCGGGGUCACAUGCGACGCCUCCAGCCGCGUCGUCGCCAUCAACCUCACCGGCGUCCCUCUAUACGGCGGCGUGCUUCCAAGCGCGGUCUCGCUGCUCGACGCUCUCUCAAGCCUCACCGUCGCCUCCUGCUUCCUGUUGGGCCCUAUACCAGCAUCGCUUGCCUCGAUGCCUCUCCUCCGCCACCUCAACCUCUCCCACAACAACAUCUCCGGCUUCUUCCCGUACGGACCACCGGCACCCUACUUCCCCUCCGCCGAGGUGAUCGAUGUCUACUGUAACAACCUCACCGGUCCCCUCCCGCCGUUCGGCAGGUCGCUGACAAGGUUGCGACACCUGAACCUUGGCGGUAACUACUUCUCGGGCAGCAUACCCGAGGAGUACGGCGACAUCAAGCGGCUCGAGUUCCUUUGGCUCUGCGGCAACUGGCUAUCCGGCCGUGUGCCACCGUCACUGUCGAGGCUCAAGAGACUAAAGGUGAUGAAUUUAGGGUACGGCAACUCAUUCGACGGCGGCAUCCCGUCGGAGUUCGGCGAGCUUGAGGCCCUUGUCGACCUUGAGAUGGCCCUCUGCCAUCUCACAGGACCUAUCCCUCCGGAGCUCGGCCACCUCACUCGGCUUGAAAUACUCUACCUCUAUUCGAACAAUUUGGGCGGGGAAAUCCCUGCCGAGCUCGGCAGCCUCAAGAACCUCACGUACCUGGAUCUCUCCUUCAACGAGCUUACCGGCAAGAUACCGGCAAGCUUCGCCGGUCUAUCCCGACUGCGACUACUCCAGCUAUUUGCCAACGAACUCCAAGGUGUGAUUCCAAAGUUUGUUGGGGAAUUGCCUCAGCUGGAAAUCCUCCAAGCAUGGCAAAACAACCUUACUGGGGAACUCCCGGCCAACCUUGGCAAGAACGGCAGGUUGUUGACGCUGGAUGUCACGGAUAACCACCUCACCGGCGCCAUACCGCCCCAUCUCUGUUCCGGCAGGCGGCUUCAGUCUCUCAUUCUGAUGUGGAACAAGCUCUCUGGACCAAUACCCGAAGACCUCGGCAACUGCAAGACGCUUACCAGAGUUCGCCUGAACAACAACUUCCUCAGCCGCUCCAUUCCGGCCGGCUUUCUUGAUCUCCCUAAGAAUACCAUGUUGGACUUGAGCCAUAACUUGCUCUCAGGCGAGCUCCCGGAUGUGACUCCCAGUGCCGGGCUGAGCUUCUUGUCAGUAGCGUCCAACAGUUUAUCCGGUGCUGUGCCGCCGGAGAUUGGGCAUCUCAAGAAGCUGUCCACGCUCAACUUCAGCGCCAACGAGCUCACCGCCAGCGUUCCGCGAGAGCUCAGCCACUGUGAGUCGCUGACCGUUCUAGACCUCAGCCGCAACCAGCUCACCGGAGAGAUACCGAAAGAGAUCACAAAUCUGAAGGUUCUAACAACGUUGAACCUGUCGAGGAACAGAAUCUCCGGUGAGCUUCCGCUAGAGAUCCGUGAGAUGAUCAGCCUCGGCGUCCUCGAUGUUUCCUACAACAACCUCAGCGGCCGUGUGUCAGUGUCACAACUUCAGGGGGUGUUCGUCCUCUCAGACGCGUCAGAUUUCGAAGGCAACCCUGGCCUCUGUGUGGAGCACGUCACCGCCGCUUCGUGCUACCGUCUGCAGCGUUCGCUGGCGCGAUGCGACAAGCCGAGGAUGCUGCUGUGGCUUGUGCCGUCCGUCAGCACCGUGGCGGUGGCCAUGGCCGUGUUCCUUGGGGUAAGGUGGCGUGAGGCGGCGAAGCGGCGGCCUGCGUCUUGGAAGAUGACGCGGUUCCACAACCUGGACCUGGAAAUGGACGACGUGCUCGGAUCCCUCAGGGAGGAGAACGUCGUCGGCAGGGGCGGCGCUGGCACCGUCUACCGCUGCGCGACACGGGGCGGCUCGGAGGUCGCCGUCAAGCGCCUCCCGGGGCCCGGCCGCCGCCGCGACCACGGCUUCCGGGCCGAGGUGGCCACGCUCGGCGGCGUCCGGCACCGCAACAUCGUGCGGCUGCUGGGCUUCGCGUCGGGCGCGGAGGGGAACCUGCUGCUGUACGAGUUCAUGCCGGCGGGGUCGCUGGGAGGGGUCCUGCACGGCGACAACGGCGCGCUCCUGGGCUGGCACACGAGGCACCGCGUCGCCACCGAGGCGGCGCGCGCGCUGUGUUACCUGCACCACGAGUGCUUGCCGAGGAUCCUGCACCGCGACGUCAAGUCGAGCAACAUCCUGCUGGACGCGGCCAUGGAGGCGCACGUCGCCGACUUCGGCCUCGCCAAGUUCCUCAGCCGCGGAGCGUCCGGCUCCGGCACCGGAGCAGUGGCGGCUGAGGAGUGCGUGUCCGCCAUCGCCGGCACGUACGGGUACAUCGCCCCAGAGUACGCGUACACGUUGCGGGUGGAUGAGAAGACGGACGUGUACAGCUUCGGCGUGGUGCUGCUGGAGCUCGUCACGGGGCGCCGCCCGCUCGGUGACUUCGGCGACGAGAUCGACCUCGUCCACUGGGCCCGAAGCGCCGUGCCGACGCCGUCGGACACCACGGCAGUCCUGGCCGUGGCAGACCCGCGGCUGCCGCGGGAGCCUGCCGACCUGAUCGCCCGCCUCUUCAGGGUGGGCACAUCGUGUGUCCGCGAGGACAGCCAGGCGCGCCCCACCAUGCGUGAGGUCGUGCACGUCCUCUCCAGCUUCGUACCAGUUGCUGAACCAGCCAGCUCAACCUCUGCUCCUCCUCUGUAACCACAGGUAGAUAAGACCCAUCGUGGUGGUGUUGAUGUUGUAAAAGUCGUUUGUGGCGUCGAAAUAUUAGACUAUACAAGCCAAUUCGCUGGUGCUCCGUCCAUGGAUGCGACUAGCGUUUGCCGAUUCGUCGGUGUUGUUCUACAAGCUGAUCCUCGAGCUGGAUGGGAUUUUGCGGCAUGCCUGGAGCAUGGACACGGCGCGGAGUCGACACUGGACAGGGGCGUCUCUCGGUGGCGACAGCCACCAAAAGGGCCGGCCCGGGUGAUGCCGCCGCCGCGUUGCUGAUCAUGAUCGGUAAAGGUUUCUAUAAAAGUACGUACGCAGGCGCUUACACAUGCAUGUACAUUCAU